CCGAUGCUUUCACAUUGCGGUGUAGGUGUGUACUGUAGUGGAGACGGUGAACAGUGAACUUGUUCGACGAACAAGCGGUUCUUCAUAAACCCAUCUCCGGCAGCCAAUUUUCAGCUCGGUUCGUCUACGCCGUUGGACCGCAUUCUUGUGACGCGUCGUAAAAUAUCAGCCGUACGUGCUAGAAUAUUGCAGAUCUUCAGCGCGGUAAAUGACCCGUUACCCCAAAAGGCUAAAACGGAUGGCGAAUGAGACACGCUCUAGUCGCAGGGCUAAGGUUGAUGAGAGUAAUAGUGUGAGAAAGAAGCCUGUUUUGGGCAAAGGGUCUACUACUUUGAAGGGCGAUGCAACAUCAGAUGCCUCUGGUUCAAGGCGGUCAGCCAGGGAGACACCAUCACGGGAAUGUACAAGCUUAAGCCCCCCUUCAGCAACAAGGAAGUCUAAGCGCCUUGAGAAAUUGAACCUAGGGGCAAUACCAGCUAAGAGGAAACUUAAUGUAGUUCAGCAACAGAGCAUUUCUACUCCUUUCAAGAGAUCUGAUAGGAGUAAAAAACAUCAAUCAUUGAGCCGUUCAUGUUCAAGGAAAUCUGAGAAGGCAUCUGGUUCAUCAGACAUUCAGAAGAAAAAGCUUGAAAAUGAGAAGACUGUAAAACAGUUAGUUAUAGAAGCUAAGGAGACUAGCAGAAGAGAGAAGCAAGAUUCAACGCCCAGUGCUGUGGAAAAGAAGAGAAUGAAUGCCCGCACAUAUAAGUCUUUACUUAAGCAACAAUGGAGAAAAAAUGUUGUAGCAGGGGAGGUGGAAAGGCCAGACAAGUCAUCUCAUGUUGACAGCAGUUAUUGUGAAGGUGGUUUUAUGAAACAAAUGGAAGAUCAAGAAGAUAAUGGUGACAAAUGCAGUGAGAACAUUGAAGAACUGCCAGUGCGAAGCAUUGAGAGAGUUAGUGAAGGAGGAAUGGAGAGGUUGGAUUCUCAGUCAAAUGAUGCUAAUGCAAAAGCAUUAAGAAAUCAGGAUGAAUUAGGUUCAUCAUGCUCAAGCCGGAAGCAUUGCUCUAGUGAGGAAUCUUCUAAGACUUCAGUGCAAGAUGGUUUAAGUGUCUCCAAGAAUGGUCAAGAUGUUAAAGAAACUCUUGAUGAUGCUGACAUGAUCAUGCAGAUGGAUUGCUCUGCAGUGAAGAAGUCGAAAAUGCAAGAAAUGUUAGCUUCUGAUUGCUUGAGAAGAUCCGUUUGUGGCAAUAUUGCUGAGGGUACGGGUGAGAAAGUGGCAUCUAAAAGAAAGAGGUGUAUACAGGAAAUGGAUCAUAAUGUUUCUGCACCUUCUGCAGGUGAAGAUGUCUGCACCUCUAUUGUAGAUGUCUUUUCAUCUCCAUCAUCUGUGCACAGAAGGGAUGGGUUUGCAGGACCUUGUGCUACAUGUUCAAAAAUGCGAAGGUUGGAUUAUAAUUCGCCAAGACUGGAGCUUUGUGUUUGCAGUGCUGUCCUAAACAAGGACUCUUUGGGCACUUCUAUUCCUAAGGGUAGAGGCAAACCUGAAGCGAGCAUUUCAGAAUUGGUUAGCAAAAAUGAUGGACCUGCACAGCGCGAGGAGUCUCUUUCAGAUGUUGGAAUUGGCAGUCACGAUAUUAUAUGCGUCAUCUGCAAUCAUGGUGGAGAGCUCUUGCGCUGUUGUGGAAAAGGUUGCAAGAAAAACUAUCAUCUCUCAUGCUUAGAUCCAUCUCUGGAUGAUGUCCCACCUGGUGCUUGGUACUGUUUCUUGUGCGUGCAGAAGAAGAUAGAAUCAGGUGUACACUCAGUGUCUGAAGGAAUAGAGUCAAUUUGGGAUGCUAGAGAAGUAGAGGUUCAAGAUUCUGAAGGAUCUCGAAAGCAGAAGCAGUAUCUUGUUAAAUAUAGAGGUCUUGCCCAUGUUCACAAUCAUUGGAUUCCGGAAACUCAUUUGCUUCUUGAAGCUCCGGUGCUUGUGUCAGAAUUUAAUCAAAAGAAUCAGGUGAUGACGUGGAGGGAAGAGUGGAGAUGUCCACAUCGUUUGCUAGACAAAAGGUUUUCAAGGUCUCCCAAGCAGUUAGAUGACCGUCAUAGUGAGCCUACUGCUGAUACUUCUGGUGGCUACCAUGAGUGGCUUGUUAAAUGGCGUGGCCUUGAUUAUCAGCAAGUUACAUGGGAGUUGGAGAAUGCUUCUUUUCUUCAUUUACCUGAAGCUCAGAGUCUAGUAAGGGAGUACGAAAAUCGCCGGCAGAGGGCAAAGAGAGCUUCUUCUGCAACAGAGAAUGUGCAUCUGAUUAAGAAGAAACUUCCAAAGUUGAGUACAGGAAGCUCACUUAACAAGUUGCGAGAAUAUUGGCACAAAGGCCAGAAUGCUAUUGUUAUCAAUGAUCAGGAGCGAGUAACCAAUGUGGUCUUGUUUAUUCUAUCCUUGCCAUCCAGUGGUAAUCUGCCAUUCCUCAUCAUCUCAAGUUCCCUUGCUCUUUCCCUGUGGGAAGCUGAGUUCUCACGCUUGGCGCCAUCCACUGAUGUUAUAGUUUACAGUGGAAAUAAAGAUAAUAGGAGAACUAUCAGGAGAUUUGAGUUUUAUGAGGAAGGGGGUUGCAUCAUGUUCCAAGUGCUUUUAUCCUCAGUUGAAGCUGUUGUUGAGGAUCUGGAUGCGAUAAAAGGCCUUAGAUGGGAAACUAUCAUAGUUGAUGAAUGCCAGGACAGAGGGGUAUCAAAACAUUUUGAUCAAAUUAAAUGGUUGACUGCUGAAGUUAGAAUACUCCUUUUCAACAAUCAAUUAAAGGAUUCUGUGGCUGAACAUUUAAGUCUGCUGUCAUUGCUCGAUUCAGUUGGUGAUGUGGACUCUGGGAAUGGCACUAAAACUGACUUAAAUUAUUUAAGGAAGAGAUUAUCACGGUUUAUUGCGUAUGACUGCAAACCUGACUCUUCUAAGUUUGUAGAAUAUUGGGUUCCAGUUCUGAUAUCCGAUGUGCAACUUGAGCAAUAUUGUCAUGCUCUUCUUUCGAAUUCUACAUCUCUUUGGUCAAAUUUGAGAAAUGAUCCUGUUGGGGCUCUUCGUGACAUUCUUAUUUUUACACGGAAGUGCUGUGAUCACCCCUACAUUGUGGAUCUAUCUCUUCUAAACUUCUUAACUAAUGGUCGUCCUGAGGCUGAGUUUAUGGAUGUGGGAAUAAAAGCAAGUGGCAAGUUACAACUUCUUGAUGCAGUACUUUCUGAGAUUAAAGGGCUAAGGGUAGUAAUCCUUUUUCAGUCCACUGGUGGUUCUGAAAAGGAUAUGAUUGGAAAUAUAUUGGAGCAGCUUCUGGCAUACAGAUUUGGUCCAGAUUCUUUUGAACGUGUUGAUCGUGGUAUGAUCCUUUCAAAGAGGCAAGCUGCUCUGAACAAGUUCAAUGACAUGGGUAGUGGAAAAUUUGUGUUUUUGUUAGAAAAGCGUGCUUGCGUUCCAAGCAUCAAGCUGUCGUCUGUGGAUGCCAUAGUCAUAUUUGAUAGUGACUGGACUCCCUCAAAUGAUUUAAGAGCUCUAAACAAAUUAUCAAUUGAUUCAUCUGUGGAACAAAUUAAAGUAUUCCGCCUCUAUUCAUCUUAUACAGUGGAGGAGAAAGUCCUAGACCUUGCCACCCACGAUCUGACUCUUGAUAGCAAUUUACAGAAUGUGAGCAGCAGUAUUAGUCACACACUGCUCAUGUGGGGGGCCUCAUAUUUGUUUAACAAGCUGGAUGAGCUUCAUGGUGGUCAUACCAUAACUUCCAGUAAAAGCAUUUCUUUUGAAACUUCACACAUCAAAGAUGUGGCAAGGGAGUUUUUGGCUUUACUCUGUCAGGAUGCUGAAGAUACACAAACGAGAAACUCUCUUGUUAUAAAAGUUCAACAAGUUGGGGCUAAUUAUAGAAAGGAUGCCCCAUUGUUUGGAGAGCUACAAUUUCAGUUGACUGAUGAGGAAGAACCUCAUCAAUUUUGGUCAAAGCUGUUGGAGAAAAGAUAUCCUCGUUGGAGAUAUUUGUCUGGGACAGGACAGAGAAACAGGAAAAGAAUCCAGUAUUUUGAUGAGUUACAAAAGAAACCAGGGUUUCAAACUGAUGAAGUUGCAAAGAAACGCAAGAAGUUGGUGAACAGUAGACCUGAUUCGAGGCCCACACCUAGAGAAGAACCUCCGGGACACACGGGAGGGGGUUCUGGAGUUCCAGCCAAUAAUGGUUCUCAUAUACCUGUGUCAGAUGCUUUUGUAAACCAGACUCUAAAUACCAGCCAUGCUUCCCCACAGAAAAAUCUUCUUGCUCUUCUGAAACCUGAGAUAUUGAAACUAUGUGAAGUUCUUCAACUUUCGGAUAAUGUCAAGGUCAAAGGUGAAAAGUUUCUUGAAUACAUUGUUGAAAAUCAUCUUGUCAGUGCAGAACCAACAACUAUAUUACAAGCUUUCCAGAUAUCUCUAUGUUGGAUUGCGGCUUCAUUGCUGAAAAUCAAAAUUGAUAAGAAGGAAUCACUCGCAUUGGCAAAGAAACAUUUGAAUUUUAAUUGCACAGAGGAUGAGGCCAAUGGUGUUCAUUUAAAGUUGCGGACCCUGAAGAAAUUGUUUUUACAGGUGGAGAAUCUUAAGGCAUCAGAGUCUUUUAAGGAUUCCGUAUUAGCAGCUGAGGAUAUGGUGAAACAGCCGCCAGAAGCAAGAGGGUCACAAUCUUUAGCAUUCAAUCGAGUAAAAGUUGAGGUUGAAGAGAGAUCAGAUAAUCAAGGUUUUGUUGAGAAUUGGCUCAUUUCAGAGCAAGAUCAGUUACUGAGACACAAAGUAGAGGAGGCUAAAUUAUCAGAAAGUGUCAGAAGAAUUAAGAAAAAGCUCUCACGGAAGCACCAGGAGGAAAGUCGAGAGUUGGACAGGAGGAAAGAACAACUUGAGGAAGAAUAUAGGUUAGAGUCAGCUCUUGUUCGCUCUAUACACAAUAACAAUCCAGUGAGAUUAGAUAAGCUCAAGAGAUUAAAAGAUGAAUUAGCCAAAAAACUGGAAGAACACAAUACUUACCGUGAAGAACUUAGGGUGAAGCAGUUAGCUGAAAGUAAAGAGGUAGAUAAUUGGUUUGAAGAAGUCCAGUGCCGAGUACAAGCUGGGUUAUUAAUUGAGCAGCCUUUGUACAUAUCUGAUACUGGGGGCAACAGAGAGCAGCAAGCUAGAGAGGUGGCACCAUCUGACAUGCCUAGAACAUCUGGCACUGAAACUGUGGCUUGUAAUGUGACUGCUGAAAAUCCAACCACUCCAUUGUGUCAAAAUCUGGAAUCUGAGCCAGUAAAUUCCAUACCAGCGCACGCUAUGUCACGUGUUGGAUUUGAGCAGCUCUCUAACUUGAGAAGUUCUGCUGAUGCUCCCAAAAACAAUGGUUUUAUGAACCAGUCACAUUCUGCGGAACAGAUCCCUGCUAGAAAUCUUUCAAGCACACAAGAAGCGUUUGAAAGUGCACAGGAUGAAUCGAUGGAUGGUGCUGCUGGUUUAGAAAUUUUUAAUUGUGAUGAUGGAGCCAAUGGAAGGGAUAAUGAAGGGGAUGGUUUAGAUAUGUCUGUUAAGGAUCCUUUAGCAAACCAAAAUGUUCCAUCUGGGAACUCCAGUGGUCAUUCAGUCUCAAUUGAGCCAUCUUUGACAAAAUCACCUUUGGUGCAGCCUGUUGUUGCUCCAGCUCAAGAUGACACAAUGCCACAGAAUUUGGAAGAAUGUUUUCAAUCAUCAUUACCCACUGGGGUACAUGAAGGAGAUGCACCAGCUGAUGGAAGUCGAAAUGUUCUGCAGCAAGUUGAAGCUCCGCUGUUGCAUCCCAAUCAUGUUGGAUCAAUCGAGCAAAUUAGCACUGGAUCAGGGAUCAUUGAGCAUUCCGAGCAACUGGAGCUGUUGCCAUCUACUGGUUCAGCCAUUGAUCACAAUCAACCUGAUUCAGAUGCAGCUUCUGGAAUUGGACUUCAUCCUAAUCUAGGGCACAAUGUGUCCCAAAGUGUUGAGGCUCCACAUCAGUUGGGUCCAACAGAACCUUUGGGUCAAGCAGUUUUGCAAUCUGGAGCAACUUCAGCGCCACCUACUCCAACUGAAGUUAUAGAUGUAGUUCAUGGCCAGUCAUACUCUGAUCUGCAGUUAGCUGAUGGAAUUGGCCAUCCACCAAAUAGCGAAGGGUGUAACUCUUUCCAAAAUGUUGAGCCUUCAUCACAACCGAUUGAAAACAUGACAGGGCUACCAAAUCAAGUUGGUCCUGCUGCACAGUUGUGGUUGGGAUUGCAUCCACUAGAUGAGACUGCUCUUGGAGGAUUCGGAGCACAUCUGCCACUACAUACUGCUCGCCAAAUGACUUCUAGAAUGCCGCCUCAGCUUUCACUCACUGAUCCACUUCAAAACGAAUUGGAAAGGCUACGUAUGGAAAUAGAACAAGCAACCAUUGUCCAUGAAGAAACGAAGCUGCGGCUGAAAUCUGAUUGCGAGAGGGAGAUAGAGGAAAUUAUUGCUGGAAUUCGUAGGAAGUAUGAUGCUAAACUACAGGAUGCUGAAACAGAAUUCUUGCAGAAAAAGAAGGAAUUUGAUACGAAUCAAAACAAAGUUUUCAAGCAUAAAAGCUUAGCUGAGGCUUUUCGGUCAAAGUGCCUGGAUGUCAGAUCUUCUGGGCCCUCAGGAUUACAAGCAGUGCAGCUAAAUUUGCUAUCAUCACAGACUGCGGCUAGGACUUCCCCUGGUAUGGUUCCGGCUUCUGUUAGCCCAGCUGCAAGUCAGCCGACUGCAGCACCACCUGUGCAGGUUGUCCAUCCUUCAUCAGCUUUAUUGUCAGGCAUGUCCUGCAGGCCGCCUCACAUUAUCCCCAGUUGUCCAUCCUUCCCAGUGUCUGGGGAAAUACGAGCCCCCGCUCCACAUCUUCAACCAUUUAGAUCGUCAGCAUCAUCAUCAUCUGCGCCUGCAAUAAAUGAAAUUUCUCUCCAGCAAUGGUUGCCAAGUCAGCAAUCCCAAAGAAAUCUUUCUACAGCUUCUCUCUCAGUUUCCCGAGUUGCAUCCCGAUCUCCGCCGCUGCCGCCGCCGCUGCCGCCGCCUCCAGCAACAAAUCACUCAGGGAAUCAUGAUAGGGGCCUCCAGCCUGAAGUAAUGGGAGGAGGCUUGCCAAGCCUUCAGAACUCAUCUCUACCUGUGUCAGGAUCACUCAUCAAUGGUGAUAAUCAGCCCGGUGGACGCGAACAAAACAUUUUACCGUCUGUGUCUGAUAUGAGUUUAAUUAAUACCUCGCUGGAUCUAUCCCGUGUUGUACCGUCAGGUAGUGAAGGAGGUAACAGGGGUAACUUGGGCCCUUCAGGUGUAGCAGUUGACAUUGUUUGCUUAUCAGAUGACGACUGACACGUGACGAUGUUGUAAAGUUGUGCAUAUAGUCAAACUUCAGGUCACUUUUGGUGUCUUUUUCUUUGUAUGUUUUGGGAUUUUUUUUCUUUUUUCCUUCUUAUCUUUUGCGGGGUAUAGGGUGGGUGGAUUGGGGCUCCCCCCGCCAGGAUCAAGAGAUGGGUUUGGAAGCGACUUGCUGGGAAACCAGACCACGGUUAAGAGAAUGUGAUAGCUCCCCCCCCCCCUUCCAAAAAAAGUUAUUGCUGCUCUACAUGGUCAAUGCUUCCUGCUGCUCCUGUCCUAAUACACGAUCGUCUGCAAGUUCAUUUAUUCCUUUUCUCUUAAUAGAAUUGCUUUGCUGGUGGGUGACUGGAGGGAGGGAGGGAGGGAGGUUAAGGUUUUAAAAAUAGAUCUGUUUUGACUCUAGUAGGAGGAGGAGGAGCAAGAGCAGCCGCAGCACAACUGUCUAGUAGGUUUACUAUGCAAAGUUCAUCCAGCCCCCCCUCCCUUGAACUUCGUUGUUUGCCUACUAGAUAUCACAUGAAGCUUCAAUUCUUAUUCCAAUUCCCCGCCCAUUCCUGUUUUUAAUGUUUCUACCGAUCCUUUCUGAUUUUCUCUAUUAUUAUGGAGAAUUUGAACUGGCCACAGGAUAGUAUAAUAUAUCCUGUUCUAAUUAACAGAAAGAAACCAUUUCGGGUUGAACUUUGGAUCAGGAGGAUUGGAGGACCCAAGUUCAAUACUAAUUCUCUUUCAUCAUGAAUGAAGAAGAAACACAAAUCAUAUGAUAUGCAGCAAGUACAUUAUAUGGUAUGUAGGGGGUAGAAGAAGCUCCUUGAAAGCUUGGAUGACAUGGAAGUUGAGAGACGGGGAGCUGACAUUGUUCAAACUAGUAAUUAUGAACGCUGGCUGUGGCCUGUGGUCCUUUGCAUUUCCAAGUACUCUUGCCUUUUCCCCUCGUU